UUUAUUGACGCGGAAUUGACCAAUCGAAAGCGUCAGAGCGUUCGCCGGAAGACCCAGCGCCAGCCAUUGAGCAGUUAGAUCAGGCAGCACGUUCAGGUGUACGGCGUUCAGCCCCUCUCCUCUUUGUGAUCAAGCUGCGUGUGUUACUGGAGCGGAUUAUACUCUCUUAUAAAAGAUGCAAGGAAACAGAGGACCCCGUUCAGAGCAGCAGAAUCACGGCCCACCCCGACAGCAGCCCAACCCCCAACAGGACCAGCAGAGGAAGCCUUCAAGAGCCGACAGCAAUGGACAACACACUGAUGCUGGAGAGCAGAGUAGCCCAAAUGCUGCUUUCACUAUAGACAUGCAGAACUUCAGGAAGCCAGGUGAGAAGACCUACACACAGAGGAGCAGGCUGUUUGUGGGGAACCUGCCCACUGGAACCACAGAGGAGGAUGUGGAGAAACUCUUCUCCAAGUAUGGAAAACCUUCUGAGAUCUUCAUCAACAAGGACAGAGGCUUUGGCUUCAUCAGGCUGGAAACAAAGACUCUUGCGGACAUAGCAAAAGCAGAACUGGAUGACACUGUGUUCCGAGGUCGCCAGAUCCGUGUGCGGUUUGCCACUCAUGGCGCUGCACUGAUGGUCAAGAACCUGCCUCAGUUUGUGUCCAAUGAGCUCCUGGAGGAGGCCUUCUCCAUGUUUGGUCCGAUUGAACGAGCCAUUGUCAUCGUCGAUGAUCGUGGCAGGCCAACUGGGAAGGGCAUUGUGGAGUUUGCCAACAAACCGUCUGCCAGGAAAGCUCUGGACCGUUGCGGAGAUGGAGCUUUCCUUCUCUCUGCUUUCCCCAGGCCUGUCACCGUUGAGCCGAUGGAGCAGCUUGAUGAGGAUGAGGGACUUCCUGAGAGACUUGUUAACAAAAAUGCAAUAUAUCACAAAGAACGUGAGCAGCCACCCCGGUUCGCUCAGCCUGGCUCGUUUGAAUACGAGUAUGCUAUGCGCUGGAAGGCCUUAAUGGAAAUGGAAAAGCAGCAGUUCGAACAGGUUGAUAGAAACAUCAAAGAGGCCCAAGAAAAGCUGGAGACCGAAAUGGAAGCAGGACGACAUGAGCACCAAGUCAUGUUGAUGAGACAAGAUCUCCUGCGCAGACAGGAAGAGUUGAGGAGAAUGGAGGAGGCUCAUAGCCAGGAAGUGCAGAAACGGAAACAGAUGGAGCUGCGUCAGGAGGAGGAGCGACGGAGGAGAGAGGAGGAGCUCCGUGCCCACUCUGAGGACUUGAUGAGGAGACAGCAGGGGCAGGGAGGCAACUUCUCUGAGAAGAGGGAUCCAGACAUGAGGAUGCAUAUGGGAGGUCAGGGAAUGGCCAUGAACAGGAACCCAAUGGGUGGAAAUACCACAACAGCAGGAGCUGCCAGCUUGGCUUCAAGUGAGCAGGGGCCUGCUGGUAAUCCAGGUGGUCUCCCUCUUCCCUUCCCUCGUCCUGGACCUCCUGUUGACUUUGGCCCCAACAAACGCCGCAGAUUCUGAGACCACCAGCCAAACAUCUUUCUUUGUUUUUUGUUUUUUUUACAUGCUGUAUGAUAUUUUUAAGUGCAGACUGUGGUUUUGUAGGACCUGUGUAUGCAUUUCACAUUCACAAAUGAAUUUGUGUAGGCAAAUGUUUUAAACAGGUUGAAGUGUCAGUUUUAAGUUACUCUGUAAGAUCUCCCAUCUCCAGCAGGAGCCUUAAGGGACUGUUUCCAGAAACUAAUUGAGCCCAGUGUUGGGAUAAAGGAACCCUUAUGCUUAUGACUUCUUACUGAAGAUUCUUCAUCUAUGUAUGAGGGUUUAUCUGUGCAUGGAAACGGCUCCAGGCUGAACAUUCAGCUUUGUAUAGCCAUAUAAUUUUUCCUUUUUAUUAAUUUCUUCUCUUUUGUAUUUCACCCAGCAGUGACCUUUUCUAAAGUAGAGAUUAGCUUUUGUCCAUCUUGUGCUCUGCAACGCUUGCCUUUCUAGACAACUUUAAAUAAAUUCAUAACUACAUGUUACAUACA